AUGCUGAGCCGGCAGCUCUGCGUGCGGGACGCGGGGGAGGCUCGGCCUUCACAACUCUGCGAUGCAGUUUUUGUUUCAGAAUCACCCGCGCCCCCAGGCCGGCCCGAGGCAAGGGCGGUCCUGCACCAUGGCAGCCCCCGCGGGGGCACAUCGUCCCUAGAGGUGGGGCAGUCAGCGCCCUCCGCCGCCUCUGGACCCCACCACCCGCUGUUUGUCCAGCCUGGUCCCCCAUGGAGCCGAAGAUCCACUUACAUUUUUAGAAGAAAAAGAAAAAAGCCAAAGUGGAAGAUGGCUCUAGCAUAAGACCAUUAUUAUGUCCAAAUAUUAAGAGUUAUUAUGCAGCAGUGAAACAUGUGGGUGCAGAUUCACAAGGAAAAAAAGACACAUAAGUCUAUAACUGCACAUUCUAAGUGUUACAUAUCAGAUGUUUAUAUUUCUGCAUAUGAAGUAGUAAUUCAGUUCUGCAAAUGGUUAUGGACAUGGGACAUUUUGGUAUAUAAACAUGUAGUAAAUAUUAUGCAGAAAUGUCAUCCAUACAUGUUAUGUGUGAAUCUUUGAGGUUGCUAUUCUCUUCACUGGCCUAGCUUUAAAUGUUUUAGUGACUGUAGAAAUUUGCAAGUUUUGAAUAUCUCUGAAUGCCAGGGGUUAAAUACUGAAUCUCUCAGAAUAACAUCAGAAGGCUGCAGAGCUCUUCUCUAUUUAAGUCUGUUGUAUAGAGAUAAUACUAAUGGAGUCCUAUGACUUUUGUCAAGCAACUUCCCCACUUUACAGUAUCUGAGUUUAGCUCACUGCAGAAAAUUCACAGGCAAAGGUUUACCAUACCUGGACUCUGGAAGAAGCUGUCACAGGCUCAUCUGUUUGGAAAUGUCAGGUUGCAUUCAGGUUUGUAUUGAUGUCUUUAGAAGUAUUGCCAAUGGCUGCAAUGGGAUUCAAGAUCUGCUAAUCAGCAAAAUGCCAACUCUUACAGACAGAUGUAUUCAAGCUCUGGUUCCAAAAUGCCAACAGAUAAGGUCUAUUUUCUUCCCUGACUCUCCAAAACUUUGAACUUUUAAAGCCCUUCCUGAAUGUAAACUUGUCAAGGUCAACUCUGAAUAUUAGUAUAUUAAUUCAAAAAAUUCUUAGGAUGAUGUAUUUUUAAAAUUCAUAAAUGCAGCCCCAUACAUCAGGCACAUUCGUGUGUCUGUUUGAUGCCAGAAGAUUACAGAUGCUGGUCUUAGGAUGAUUUCACCAUUGAAACAUAUUCUUGUACUGAAUGUGGCAGACUGUAUAAGUGAUGGACAUGUAAGGCCAUUGGUACAAGAUUCUUCAGGAGCUUAGCUAAGAAAGCUGAGUGGCUUGAGAGCCCUAGGCUGGCCUGGAAAAAUAUUGGAACUUUCUACAUCACAAUGCAAAAACAUCAGUGACGCUGGGAUUCCAGUAAAACUUCACCUAUUUUUCAGCGUCAUAAAAUACCUGUAACCCUGCCAUGUCUCUUACAGCCCUCAGCUGACAGAUGAAGCUGUGAAAGCAACGGCAUUUCACUGCCACAGAAUAACAUCUGGCAACAUAGCCGGUUGCCCAAAGAUAACUGAUACACAUAACCAGUACUUGGCUGCAGCCUGUCAUUGUCUUCAUUUCUUGGAUGUCUCCAGUUGCAUUCAUCUUACUGAUAAAACACUGAAAUGUCUUUGGGAAGGUUGUACUGUAGAAAUAUUACCAAGAUUGAAGGCCAAUAUGGCAAAAAUGAUAAAAAAUUUAUCUUUUGCCAAUAACUACAUCAAAAGCACAGUAAAAUACGGCAUGAUUCUAGAAUUAGUUAUCUUGCAGUAUCUCUUCAAUGACAUCAAAAGCAAUGACAGAUAUGACUGGGAUGGCAAUAUACUACCUUUACCAAAAAACACAUAUCAGAGCCUGAAUAAACAAAUUCUUCAAAUGAAAAAUGAAGAAAUUGAACAAAAUCUUCUACAGUUCAAGGGUUUUUCUCUAGAGCAUGAAAAGAACACUGUAUUAUUUUUUCUUAAAACUAAUCACACUUUAAUAAAAGGCCAUUUGUUGCAUUAGUAA